CGCUUCCCGGCGCAGUCGCCAGCCGUCACCAUCACCGCCGCCGCGGCUUGCUGGCGAGCCCCACCAGCCCGCGUCACCGCUCUGCGCGCUCCCUGCACCUCCCUGGCUGCAGCAGCCGGAGAAAACGAAAGCCAGGCGGCCCCGGCACUCGCGAUCGCACCGGCUCUGCUGCUCAUUCCGGUAUCUACUCCAGGGCUGUGCGCACUGCGCGGGCAGCGGCUGAACACGCACGGAGAAGGUGCGGGAGCCGCAGGGGCCCCGGGCUUUGGGCGGCUGCUGCUCGGCCUUGGCGGAGGCUUGUUCCAGCUCGCCGUUCGGUCCCAGGCCUGGCCGGUGAGCUGCGCGCAGUAUGGGCAGAUGCUGCUUCUACACGGCGGGGACGCUGUCUCUGCUGCUGCUGGUGACCAGCGUCACGCUGCUAGUGGCUCGAGUCUUUCAGAAGGCGGUAGACCAGACGAUCGAGAAGAAUAUGGUAUUACAAAAUGGCACCAAGGUCUUUAAUUCCUGGGAGAAGCCCCCUCUACCUGUGUACAUCCAGUUUUAUUUCUUCAAUGUCACCAAUCCUGAGGAGAUCCUCCAAGGAGAAAUCCCCCUACUAGAAGAAGUGGGGCCAUACACCUACAGGGAGCUCCGGAACAAGGCAAAUAUUCAGUUUGGAGAAAAUGGAACAACUAUAUCUGCUGUCACCAAUAAGGCAUAUGUUUUUGAACGAAACCAAUCUGUUGGAGAUCCUAACGUUGACUUGAUUAGAACAAUAAAUAUUCCUCUGUUGACUGUCGUGGAUCUGGCCCAGCUGACCCUGCUCAGGGAGCUUAUCGAAGCCAUGCUGAAAGCCUAUCAGCAGAAGUUGUUUGUGAUUCACACCGUGCACGAACUGCUCUGGGGCUACAAAGAUGAGAUCUUGUCCCUCGUCCAUAUUUUCAAACCUGACGUCUCCCCGAAUUUCGGCCUGUUCUAUGAGAGAAAUGGAACGAAUGACGGGGAGUACGUGUUUCUGACUGGAGAGGACAAUUACCUUAACUUUUCAAAAAUCGUGGAGUGGAAUGGAAAAACGUCGCUGGACUGGUGGACCACAGACACAUGCAAUAUGAUUAACGGGACAGACGGAGACUCUUUUCAUCCGCUGAUAAGCAAGGAUGAGGUCCUGUACCUCUUCCCGUCAGACUUGUGCAGGUCAGUACAUAUCACUUUCAGCAGCUUUGAGAACGUAGAAGGACUGCCUGCUUUUCGGUAUAAGGUGCCUGCAGAAAUACUAGCCAACACCUCCGAAAACGCUGGCUUCUGUAUACCCGAGGGAAACUGCAUGGACUCAGGGGUGUUGAACAUCAGCAUCUGCAAGAAUGGUGCACCCAUUAUCAUGUCUUUCCCACACUUUUACCAAGCCGACGAGAAGUUCGUUUCUGCCAUAAAAGGCAUGCAUCCCAACAAGGAAGAGCAUGAGUCGUUUGUGGACAUUAAUCCCUUGACUGGAAUUAUUUUGAGAGGGGCCAAGAGAUUCCAGAUCAACACUUACGUUAGGAAACUGGAUGACUUUGUUGAAACGGGAGACAUCAGGACUAUGGUUUUCCCAGUGAUGUAUCUCAAUGAGAGUGUCCUCAUUGACAAAGAGACCGCAAAUCAACUGAAGUCUGUGAUUAACACGACUUUGGUUGUCACCAACAUACCCUACAUCAUUAUGGCACUGGGUGUGUUCUUUGGCUUGGUUUUCACGUGGCUGGCGUGUCGAGGACAGGGGUCUAUGGAUGAGGGAACUGCAGAUGAAAGAGCACCCCUCAUACGAACCUAAUGGGACUUACCUGUUGCCUGAGCUUGGUGAGAGAAUGUGAGAGCUGCCCUGACCUGGACCAGGACAGGGGGAACCCUGCAUCCUCAUGGGCUCCUGGCCUGUCAAGAAGGAAACAUAGCACUGGCAAGCGAGAAGCCCCUCCUGGUCAGAGGGAAAUGAGCAGGGUGACAUGGCUGGCAAUUCUGCUUUAUAAAAUCGUGUCUCUAAAACUGUGUUCAUGUGUCUAGGAAGUAUUUAAUAAACUUGUGUAGAAACUUUUUGUGGUUGGGCCCUGGGAGCUGAGGGGACUUCGUGACCCCCUGUUGUAGAUACAAUGUCUGAAUCGCUUGUUAAUGUUCCGUGGCCUGACCCGAUUCAGUGUGCUUCAUUCUCCAAACUUUGUGUUCAGAGUACGUAUGUGUUUCUGUUGUUGUUCCCUGUUCACCUCCUUACACAGAAAGAUGUGGUACCCAGGGUAGAAUCACAGCUCCAUACAGUGUACCAAGCAAAUGGGGCUGCUUUCCUUCUGUAAAACAUUACAUUUUGUGUCUCGCUCUAAUCUUCAGGAAAAUAACUCAAGUCUUUUGAUUGGUUUAUAGUGUGUUAGGAAUCAAGUAGGGGAAGGGAUGGGGUGGGGUGGGGUGGUGUCUGUAAGUAGACAGCAUUGAGCUCCUGAGGAUUUUUAGUUGUGCUUUUGUGAAGCAAGAGGUUGCACUGGGAAUGUUGGUGAGGGUAAGGCAGAUAUUUCAUUUAGAAUAGAGUUCAAUGUUAGUUAUGGCAUCUAGAGGCUAACUGUCAAUUUUAGUCAGAGAUGUCUGGGUGUAGAAUAUGCUGCUGAGAGGACAGAAUCAAUGACUUCUAACCCCCUCCCUUCAGGCUUCUCUGCCACAUAGGACAGUGACACGGAAUGACAGUGUCUGCAAAUAUUGAGGGGUUAUUUGUAAAAUGACGAAUGAUGGAAGUCCAUCUGCCCGUAGCUUACAUUACAGAUAGAUCCAGGAAGUGUGCACAGGUUAGAGAGGCAUUUCUUCUGGACCCAGCCGGUGCUUCGUGGCUCCCUGUCACUAAGUGCUCUCUGCUUCCUGUGACAAUCACUUUUCUGACAGAGCGAGAAAUGUUAGACUGCUAGUCAGAGGCACUUCAGAUAAGGAGUCGAGCAGCCAGGCUGCUUCUCUUUGGAAGGCAAUGGCUUCCGUGUAGGACUAAGGACAUUAGUGUCACAGCCGUCAGACCUCAGCUAUCCUGGAGGGCAGAGUCCAUGAUUCUCAGAGUCCACUAUUUUGGGGUUGUUUGUUUGUUUUAGUUUUUAUUUUUUUAUUUUUUAUCUUUUGGUGGCUUAGUUUUUAAGACAGGGUUUCUCUGUGUAGCCCUGGCUGUCAUGGAACUCGCUCUAUAGACCAGACUGGCCUCGAAUUCACAGAGAUCUGACAGCCUCUGCCUCCUAAGUGCUGGGAUUAAAGGCUUACACCAUUGAUUUUUUUUUUUUCAAUGAACCCUAUACAUUAUCUGGCUAGCUGUUUAUAGAAUUCCCUGAAAACUGAAUUUCAGUAUAUUUAAAUUUUUUUAAAAACUGAGAUGUCACAUACAUAUUAGAAGUAAAACAUUGCUUUAAUAUACAGGCCCAAAUUUUCCUCUAUUGACACAAAGCAAUACACAAUGUUUCCCUUUUUUAAAAAAAUUUUGGUAGUUUUUGAGACCGGGUUGGUGUAGUCUUGGCUGUUCUGGAAGUCACUAUGUAAACUAGGCUGGCCUUGAACUCAGAGAUCGCCUGCCUUGUGUCAUGAGUGCUGGGAUCCAUAAGCCACCAUGCUUGGCUGAUGUUUCCCUUCUAGAGAGACAGCUCUUUAAAUUUUCACCUUUCCUACUAAUCAAAGUAAAAAAAUUAGACACCCCAAAUCACCAAUAUGUGAAACUAAACUGAAAAUAUCUGACCUUUAGUAAUGACAAAUAUUUUUAGACUUUGUCAAUAUUUAACUCGGUAGUUGGCACAUCUUAGUCUUCAUGCUUCAUGACAGGGUCUCACUCUGUAGCUCAGGCUAUCUUGAAACUCACUAUGUAGCAUAGGUUGACCUUGAAUUUAUAGUGAGCCGGUCUCAGCCUCCCAAGUGCUGCUAUUACAGGCACGCACUACACCUGUCUGUGUUUAUGCAACUACUUAUCCACACUAAUAAAUUGAUAAGCUAGUGCAUACUAAUUGGUUCAUUCCUAUUUUCAGGAUAUAAUCAUCUCUAAGGAGAUUUUUAAACACAGAAACUAUAGCAUUUAGUGAUGUACAUAGUAGAUAGACAUGAUCGCACAUAGAAAAGGAGACCAAAAACAGAUUGAUCCUUUAUUAGUGCCAUGGUUGUGAAUAGCAGUGGUUCAUUUGGUGUUUUCUUUCUAAAAGGUCCAUGGCAAACCCACAAGGCACAGUCAGAAUUGUAGGUUGAUUAACAACAAAUCUACCCAUUCAGUGCGGGGCUGAAAAUAGCAAGCUGUUCCCUGUGUUCGUUCUUCUGAGGGCAUUCUCCUGGACGGGCCCCAAAGGCUGUGGCCAUCAUCCUUCUCAUGACACAGAGUGGCAGGGCACUGGGAGUGCACAGGGUGGGGGAUGGGCAGGGGAUAGGCAUUUCCACAUAGGCUCUAGGCUCUGCCCAGUAGAUUUCACUUCCUUGUGCUUUACAAAGAUCACUAACGGUCAAAUGGGACAAGCACUACACAACUAACCCCUAUUGGGGUUUUUGCUUAAGGGGGAUAACUUUUAACUUGUUGUUUGCGGUGUGAAUUCUUCAAAAGGCCCUCUGAGCAUUGUUACUGGUGUAAAUUGCUUGUGCCUGCCUGGCUUUAAAAAGACUGACCAGAAUGCUCUUCAUGUGGCUUACAGAGUUGGUUCGUUGUUGUGCUUCUUGACCUGGUUUUAUUUCUACCCAUAAUACAAUGAAAUGUUUCACUAAUUAAAGAAAGUUUCUAUAAAGUU